UGGAUCCACCUGAGAAGAAACAUGGUGAAAAGAUCAGAUUUUGCACAGAAACUGUUGGAUGAUCUCCGUGUGCGGAAGGAACGAAUGUCUGCAUCCCAGAGCUCAAAAAGUUCAAAGCCAAUAACUGCAGAUGCAUAUUCUUAUUCGAAGCAAGCAUAUAGUGGAUCCAGAGAAAUGAAAACGCAUCGAACUGCUGGCUUAAAAAAUGGAAGUACAUGCCAUAAGUCUACGGGAGGCAAUGGCUUAAAAAAUGGAAGUACAUGCCAUAAGUCUACGGGAGGCAAUAGAUCACUAUCCAUCGGAGAAGCUUCAAAUGAGAUUGUUCCUUUUGGGACAGGUAGAAGCUCAAAACAAAUUGGAGAUCUGUCUUUGGCACUAGCUUUUGCCCUUGAGAAUGGAGGAAAACUCAGAAGAAAGGAUUCAUCAGGCAAUAGUUCAGUACUGGAUUUCCUGAAUCAGAUUGGCAGAAGACCAGUGGAUAUGGCCAAGAUGGAAAGAAGCAGCAUUGAUAGGAACAGCAGCUCAGCAACUAGCCGCUUCCCUACUCUUUCUCAUCUCCAUAUCAAAGAAAUAUCUAAGGGGGCACAAAAAUUAAAUCAGAUCCUGAGCGCUUGUUCUAAUGGUCUUAACUUUGAUAGAUAUUCAAUAGAAAUUGGAAGGGAGCUAUUGAAGGGGGCCAUGGAUUUAGAAGAAUCCCUUCGGAUGCUAGUAAACCUGCAAGAAGCUUCAGAGUACAUGAUCAGCCCACAAAGCAAAACUCGGAUCACAUUGCUUGAUGAUGAUGAAGAUGAUGACAACAUUGUCAAAAAAGAUGAGAAUAAGCAACUUGCUAAGCCAAUGUUCUCCUUUGACAAGCCUUCAAAAAAUUCUCAUUACAUCCAGGAAGCUGCUAGGACUGAUCUAAAGCAAAGGCUGAUGGCCUUGAAUUACAAAUCGGAAACUAUGAACUUUGGUCACAAUGAACACAUUUUAAGCAGCUCAAAUUCCACUUCUCAGAGGCGACCAGCUAGCUAUAGCCCCAAUGUGAAAACUUUUGCAGCAUUCUCAGAGCAUAAGAAUCACUCAAGUCCAUCAAAAUUGAAAGCAGAAAAUGGGAGAAUUCCAAAUGUAAUUGCCAAAUUAAUGGGGCUGGAAGAACUUCCAGAAAAUGAUAAUUCAAAAUAUAUCACAGUGAAAAAGUCCAGUUCCAAGGAAAAAACAGAACAGACAGUUGCAAAGAAAACUGCAGAUGGAAGCCUUACACAUGAACGGAAGACGACAGAUGCUGGGAAUUUGGUGUCUCCAAUCAGAAAACAUAAACAGAUACAAACUAACCAAAUUCAAUUGGCUCAGGACACGACACAUAUCUUGCAAGCAGAAAGGAAUCUAGCAAGUCAACAUACUAGCAUUGAAGGGACUAUUCAUGCUGGAAAAUCAGUGCAGAAGGAUGUGGAAGGGAUAAAACCAAUGAGAAGCUCAAACAAGGCUGACAUGAAAAUAGGUAAGCAUCAGAGAAACAUUGACCAAUCAAGCCAAAGCAUAGGAAGUCGAAAGGAUAUUCAGGAGAAAGAGCAACCACAGGAUAAUCCAAAGCUGAGGGAACAGAAAGGCAAUAGAAAAGGUGAAAAUAAGGAUUUAAUCCUAAAGCAUCAGCUACAGCAGAUGACAUAUCAGAGAACAAAUGGAUCUGAAGCUCCGAUCACACUGCAAGGACAAGCAGAAAGCAAUUUGUCCAUCCUUAAAACAAAAAGGAGAGAUAUGCAUAAGCUGCUAUCCGACAAUCAACCCAAUUCUCCCAAUGAUCUUGCAUUCCAACAGACUCAAAUGCUCCAAAAUUUCGAGUUACAAGGUGGAAAGCAUCAUGCAGGAGAAAAUGGGCAGCAGAGUGUUAAAGAGAAGAUACAAGUGAGAAGGCAAAUAGGAAGUGAAUCCAGGAGCUUGCCAAAAAAACAUUCACAUACAAGCCAAGCAACAACUGAUAAUGGAAGCUCCACAGAAUCAACUGGUACAGUGCAAUCCGUGGGAUUUCCAAAUAAGAAGCACCAUGGAGAUCUUGCCCAAGAGAAAAUUUCUUCUAAUUUCAGUGUUAAUGUACAAGAUUCAAUGAAUAAGAACUCAAAUCAAAAUUCCUCUCCAAGAAAUCUGAACACUGAAGUAAUAAAAGAAAAAAAUAGAACCAGCAUUCCACCAGAGAUGGAAGAGAAAUCUGCUCAUCUACCAGCUGUCCAGAAGGUGAAAGUUACAAAAGUGCAAAAAGCUGUGGUUCCUCAAAAGACUGACGAACUAGUGACAAGAAGAAGUGGAAAUCCUCACAAUUUGGCAAGGCCACCAAAACAUCAGACUUCCAUAUUGCAAGAAGCAAAGCAGAAAAGGCAUAACAAAUUUGUUCAAUCCAAGGAAGAAGAGCAAGUAAGAUCCAGCAGGACCAGGGAAGCAGAAACAUGCAUUCUUAAACCCAACAAAUCAGUAUCAAGCACACAACAACCAAACAUGCCGGAAGGACUACAAAGUCAAGCUAAACAACCUUCCAACUUGUGCAGUCCUCCUCCAGCUGAUGAAUGUCAAAGCCUAAAAGGACCAGAAAUCCUAGCUCCAAAUGAAAAAUCAUCAUCGGUGAUAAAAGAUCAAAAAGGUCAUGAACCUGAGUUUGACAUAGACAAAUGCAGAUCUCACAGCACUGUAUCAGAUCCACUUAAUCGAACUCAUGAAGGCAGGAUAGAUGUAACUUACCCCUCACAACUGGAGAAUCAAAAAGUGUCUGAAUUGGAAAUGCUAGAGCCAUUAUCGGAAAGUGAAGAUCACCUCAAGCAGAUCCUGAUAAAAAGUCAAUUAUUUCUUAACACAGCAGAGGCACUUUUCAAACUCAACAUUCCUCUUGACAUUCUCCAAGCCUGUGGUCAUGCUUGUCAUGAUGAAGAGAGCAAGCUCAUAUUAGACUGUGGCUAUGAAGUAAUGAAAAGAAAAGGCAAAAGGCAAGAGCUCAGUGUCCAUCCUUUCAUGAAGACUUCUAUCACUUCUCCGAAGGUAAGAUCCUUGGAUGACUUGAUUAAGCAGUUGCAUAAAGAUUUCCAGAAGUUAAAAUAUAAAACGGAAUGUGUUGUUGAAGACUACCUCCCAAAAAUGCUUGAGAUUGAUGUCUACAACAGGGAUCUAGAUGUGAAUUGUAUGUGGGACUUUGGUUGGCACGAGAUGAUGUUCACAUUUCUGGAAAAAGAUGAUGUUAUAAGGGAUGUGGAGAGGCAUGUGCUCAAUGCACUCCUUGAUGAGGUUACCAGAGAUCUGCUAGUAUUUUCAUUAUAUUGAAGAAUAAUAACUAGUAAUAUAUAUAAAGAAAGUUGGCUUUCCAAUGUAUAUAUAAACAAGAAUUUUGUGUGGCUUAUUUGGCGUUCAUCCAAGGCAACUUGAAUUGUACUUCUUAUUUUUUGCUCAAUUGUAAUGCUUACCAUAGAUUUUCUGCUUGUGUAUAAGUGAAGUUCAAUCAUAUGAUUGUCCAAACUA